CACAUCAGAUUAGAACUCCGGAAAUAAAGCAUACGGAUGACAAGUGGCAGCAACCCGAAAACUGCAAAAUCCAGCUCAGCCCUCCAUUGCAGUGAGCAUAAUUCGUGAGUUGGAAUGCAGAAGAGAAUUGAGAAUUUAGGACGAAUCUGUAAACCCUAUAUUGAGUACCGGCCGCCAUGUAUAGAUUCGGAGUAUGCAGAGAAAUGAGGGGUAGAGUUCCCCAAAUUGCUGCUUUGAAUUGGUUAGGUUCUCUCAGUCUCUCAAGAUCUAUUCAUAAUUUACCUUUUGCAACCAUAGAAGUUGAAGAGAUAUCAGGUUCUCAACCUGCUGAAGUACAAAAUUUGGUGCAAGGCAAAUGGACAGGAUCUACUAGUGGGGAGACAAUUGUGGAUCCUUUAAAUGGAGAACCAUUCAUCCAAGUUGCUGAGGUAGAUGAAACAGGAAUACAGCCAUUUGUGGACAGCUUGUCCAAGUGCCCCAAACAUGGUCUACAUAAUCCAUUUAAAGCACCUGAAAGGUAUCUCAUGUUAGGAGACAUAUCCAACAAGGCAGCUCACAUGCUUUCCCUGCCCAAGGUUUCCGAUUUCUUCACUAGGUUAAUACAAAGAGUUGCUCCAAAGAGUUAUCAACAGGCUCUUGGUGAAGUUUAUGUUACACAAAAAUUUCUGGAGAAUUUUUCUGGUGAUCAGGUUCGUUUCCUGGCGAGGUCUUUUGCAGUGCCAGGAAAUCAUCUUGGGCAGCAAAGUCAUGGUUUUCGUUGGCCUUAUGGUCCGGUGGCAAUUGUUACACCCUUUAAUUUCCCUUUGGAGAUUCCUGUCCUUCAGUUGAUGGGAGCCCUUUACAUGGGCAACAAACCCAUUCUUAAGGUUGAUAGCAAGGUGAGUAUUGUUAUGGAGCAGAUGAUUCGAUUGCUUCAUCAUUGUGGGUUGCCUAUGGAGGAUCUUGACUUUAUAAAUUCUGAUGGAAAGACAAUGAACAAACUAUUAUUGGAGGCAAAUCCACGAAUGACACUCUUUACUGGUAGUUCCAGAGUGGCAGAUAAGUUAGCUGUUGACCUAAAGGGUCGGAUUAAAUUGGAAGAUGCAGGAUUUGACUGGAAAAUUCUGGGACCAGAUGUUCAAGAGGUGGACUAUGUUGCAUGGGUCUGUGAUCAAGAUGCAUAUGCAUGCAGUGGACAAAAGUGCUCUGCGCAGUCAAUAGUAUUCAUGCAUGAGAACUGGUUUAAAAGUUCACUUAUUUCCAGAAUGAAAGAUCUUGCUGCAAGAAGGAAGUUAGAAGAUCUAACUAUUGGACCUGUUCUGAGUUUUACAACUGAAGCAAUGCUAGAACAUAUGAAUAAGUUGCUUCAGAUACCAGGAUCAGAGCUACUAUUUGGUGGCAAGGCUUUAGAAAAUCAUUCGAUCCCUCCAAUUUACGGUGCUCUAAAACCAACAGCCAUUUAUAUUCCGCUUGAAGAAAUGCUGAAGGAUGGCAAUUAUGAGCUUGUUACAAGAGAGAUUUUUGGACCAUUCCAGGUUGUAACUGACUAUAAAGACAAUCAGCUACCCAGGGUGUUGGAAGCACUUGAGAGGAUGCAUGCACAUUUAACUGCUGCGGUGGUUUCUAAUGAUUCCCUGUUUUUGCAGGAAGUGAUUGGGAAAUCAGUGAACGGGACUACUUAUGCUGGACUAAGGGCAAGAACAACAGGAGCUCCACAGAAUCACUGGUUUGGACCAGCAGGGGACCCAAGAGGGGCAGGAAUUGGGACGCCAGAAGCAAUAAAGCUUGUUUGGUCGUGUCAUAGAGAAAUCAUAUAUGAUAUUGGUCCCCUGCCAAGUCACUGGGAAAUUCCACCAGCUACCUGAAGAUUGACAAUUGACAUCAAGGGAAGGGGCCUAUAUGGCUAAUCUCAAAUAUAAAAUGCAAACAUCUGGCAUAGUGCGAGAGGACAAUUUAAUAAUAGCAUGUCGAUGCUUGUCGUUUUCUGUGGUCUAUCGGUAUUAACAAUUUUAUGCAACCACUAAGUGAUAAAAAGUAAUGCAACCAAAAGAUGAUGUAAAAUAAAGCGAGCAAAAGAUGUGUUUACUUUCAA